AGAACCUAUCGAGAUGUCUUCCAAAGGUGACCCUGUUAAAAUCACAAUGAUAGAAAGAAAUCCCAAUAACCUUCCUGGAAAGGGCACUAGUUACCCGAAGACAUUACCUGGAGAGGUUGUGUUAAGUUUUCAUAACAUCAGCUAUCAAGAAACAGUGUCGGGUGAAUUUCCAUUUUGUAAAAAGACUUUGGUGAUAGAAAGACUAUCAAAUAUCAGUGGGAUCAUGAAACCUGGCCUCAAUGCCAUCAUGGGACCUCAGGACAGGAGCAGAUCUUUGUUAUUAGAUGUCUUAGCUGCAAGAAAUGAUCCACAUGGAUUUUCUGGAGAUAUUUUGAUAAAUGGAAAACCUCGACCUACUAAUUUCAAAUGUAAUUCUGGUUAUGUCCCACAAAAUGACACAGUGAUGAGCACGGUGACUGUGAGAGAGAAUGUAGAGUUCUCAGCAGCUCUUCGACUUCCACUGUCUAUAACAAGAGAUGAAAAAAGAAGGAGAAUUAAUGAUGUCCUUAAACUCCUGCAUCUGGAUGAGGAGUCAAAUGUCAAGCCUAGAUCUAAGGAGCUCAGGAAGAGAACCAGUAUAGCAAUGGAGCUGGUCGCUGAGCAUCCCAUUUUGUUCUUGGAUGAUCCCACCACUGCCUUAGACUUGAGAACUACUAUUGAUGUCAUCUCAGUUCUGAGAAGGAUGUCUAUGAGGGGACGGACAAUCAUCUUCUCCAUUAAGCAGCCCCCAUACUCCAUCUUCAAAUGUUUUGAUAGUCUUACCUUAGUGGCCUCAGGAAAAGUCAUGUUUCAUGGCCCUGCACAGGAAGCCUUGGAGUACUUCACAUCUGCAGGCUACAACUAUGAUCCCCACAACAACCCUGCAGACUUCUUCCUGGACAUCAUUACUGGAGGUUUCUCUGCUAUAUUAGACACAGAGGAAGAUGAUCAUGAAGCUGACAAAUAUAAGGAACUUUGUGAGAGAACAUACCAAGUCACAAAAAAAUUAACCAAUAUGUUUGCCCAGUCAUCUUUAUACAACAAAAUGAGAAGUGAACUGGAUCCGCUCUUGGGGGAACAGAAGGCAGGGAGGAGCCCAGCCUUGGAGGAGAUCACAUGUGCCACCCCUUUCUGGCAUCAGCUCUGGUGGAUCAUCUCUCGUUCAUUCAAAAAUUUCCUCGGCUUUUCGUGGGUCACUAUGAUUCAGGCCAUUGUCGAAGUCAUGGUGGCUAUAUUUGUGGGUACCACUUUCAAUUUCCUACAAAAUAAUUGUUAUGAAGCCCAGAGGAGAUUAAACCUGAUCUUCUUGCUCACAGUCAAUGAAUGCAUUAUAAGCAUGUCUGCCAGGGACCUCUUCAUGACUGACAGGAAUUGCUUUGUACAUGAGCAUUCCAGUGGAUAUUACAGAGUGCCAUCAUAUUUCUUUGGGAAAUUGCUGGGUGAUCUGGUACCCAGAAGGUUAUUGCCACUUCUAUUCUAUUAUAUUCACUUCUAUACUAUUCAGUAUAAUGCGAAUGGUUUCUUCACGAUGUUAUUUACCAUCAUGAUGUUGGCUUAUUCUUCCAAUUCCCUGCUGAUCUCCUUAGGAGCAGGGAAGAAUGCAGUGGCUGUACCAAGACUGCUUGUGACAUUCUACUUUGUGUCCAUGCUGUUUUUCUCAGGUCUGGAAAUAUAUUCAGGAAUCUUACUACCUGGGAUUUCAAGUAUUCAGUACUUUAGCAUUCCUCAUUAUGGAUUUACAGCUUUGCUACAAAAUGAAUUCUUCGGAAAAAGAUUCUGUCCAGAACACAAUAGAACAGAAAUCAGUAGCUGUCAGAGAUAUGUCAUAUGUACUGGUGAAGAAUUCUUGAUGAUCCAGGGCAUUGAUCUCUCACCAUGGGGCUUCUGGCAGAAUCACGUGGCUUUAGCUUGUAUAAUGAUUAUCCUCUUAUCAAUUACAUAUAUUCAGUUAUUAAAACAGAAAAAAGUAGAAGUUCUUAGGAUUGAUUGGAGGAUGUUUCAACAGUUGCUUAAAGAGAAGUGAUUCCAAACUAUUCUAAACUCUAAUACUUAUAAUCAAGGACAAAUGCUACAGCCAGCAUUACCCAGAAGAGAUUCCCAUGUAAUGAACUGUGAUGAGUGCAGAGACUCACGACUGCUCAAGGUACUGGAAUAAGUGACACUUGAGUGCUUCAUCCUAAACAGGACACCUAUGCUACCCUCUCUAAAGCUUAGAGCUCUAUGGAAGAGAGUUACAGCAGUACAGAGACCAAAAGAUGAGAAGAAAGACUGGAAAUGCCAUAUUGUGGACAUGACACACAGUCGUUGCAACCAUGGUCUGUCUCACAACAUCUACUAGAAGAUGCACAAGAUAGGGUCUCUCAUCAGCACAGCAAGGGUUGGGGAGGGACUCAAUGGGACAAUACUCCCUUCGGAUGAAAUAUUACUACUAAUAGAUUAUGGAAAACAGGCAGUCUCUACUUUCACACUUACACUCACAGGAGAGACAGCUAGGCUUGCUCUAAAGCCAGGGUCACACAGGCACCUCUGCUUAAACUCAGUGGGUCACAAGAUAAUUCCUAGAUGUGAAUGUGAGAUAGGGACUCAUGAAGAGGGAUAUUUGAAGUUUUGAAAGGGAGAUAAGAAAGGUGGGAAGGGAUGAGAAUGGCCAAAA